AUGUUAAACACCACCAUUGGAGAUCGAAUACUUUUUAACAUUGGGUUUGAAAAUUCAAAAUCUCUCUUCUCCAAAAAUUUGACCAUAAUCGAUCCACCUCAAAUGUCAACUUUUCAAAUUCUUGGGUUUUAUCCUUCCACUGGAGUUGCAUUAACUACAAACUAUACAAUGACCAUUUCUCCAAUCAGUACUUUAGGAAUUUUUGCUCCAAUGUCUCCUUUCAGUUAUGCCUUUGGAUUUUACAAGCCAUGGGGAGAUGAAAAUUAUAUUCGUGUGACUGAUUUUGUGACACCUGUCACUGACAGUACUCCAAUUUCAAAAACAUUUCCUUUACCAUUUCUUGGAGACAAUCUUGCUGUCAAAAAGGAUGUAAAUGUCGUGAUUUUUGUACGAGACCAUGCUGGAAAUAUUUAUCCAACCAAAACUAUUUUCACUUCACAAGUGUCUGCCAAUGUUGAUUUACUUUUACAAAAUCCAACUACUGAACAGUUAAUUCUUAUGGCUCAUGAUACUUCACAGAAUUAUUCGAGCAUGUUGGAUAAGGUGCUUGUCACUUUUCAAAACUAUGAUGUCACUCUUCCAGUUCUACAUCGUGCCUUAACAGCAAGUGUUGACAUUUCUCGCAAUCGUUUAAAGAAAGUGACUUUUAAUUUAAUGUCAACUCUUGAUGAUAUCAUUCAAGAACAACAACAAGAAGUUUCACAAUUUGGAUAUGUUAGAACCAAGACAUUUGACAAGUCUCAACUCAUGCUCAACAUUAUUUCUCACAUGAUGAUUUCAUUUAACGAAACAGAAAUUGUGAGAGAAAGGUUCACAUCCUUACUGUCACAACAAUUAAUUGCUCAACCACAAACUAAUGAAAGUCGUCUCAUUCCUUCUCUCGUUCUCAAUUCACCUCAUGUGAAUGUCACACUUUCCAAAGUGAUUGUUGAUUCCUCUGUCGAUAAGACUACCAUUGAGAAUAAUGAUUUGGGUGACAUUUCAUUAAGUUUGAAGAAUACGAAUCAAGUACCAAUUCCAAAUGGACCACGAAUGAUUGGACUUUCUUUUGUUUCUCUUGUCAUGACAGAACCAUUUUUAUUGAUCCAAAAUAAUUCCAAGUCUCUUUCAAACAUUUAUGAUUUUAAAUAUUAUGAAAAUGAUCAAUUGGUGAUUUUACAAAAUUUACAAUCACCCAUUGUGUUGAAAUUUAAAACUAUGGAAAAUGUGACAACAUCUUCUCAACCAACAUCUAUUGCUUGUAAAUAUUGGGAUGAUGUCAAUCGAAUUUGGAGUUCAAAUGGAUGUCAAUAUGCUGGUUUUGAUUCGGCAACAAGUAUGAUCACUUGUCAAUGUUCUCACACCACCAAAUUUUCUACCUUUUUAGAAAUUAAUGUGACAGCCAUCAUUGAAAAUUCAGAUGGUGUUACACUUUCUAAUAUUAUAUCUCUGUUCAGUGCACAGAUUGCGUUUGGAUCAUUCUUCAUUCUCUGUUGCAUUACCAUAUUUAUAUUACUCAUUAUUUUACACAAACAUCAACCAGUGAAGAGUAGAUUAGUGACACCUUAUUUGGGAAUUUUAGCAUUAUUUAUUGAAUCUGUGCUUAUUUAUGUCACUCAUCGAUCCUUAAUUGUGUCCAAAUUAACAGGAACUAUUUCAAACAUUGAUGAAAACUCUGACGCUUCCUAUUUCAAUCACAUUGCAACAAUUAUUGUGAAUACUCUCAAUUUAACAGCAAUUUUCUCCUAUUUAUUACAAGUGACACGAAUUCAAUUCAUGCAAUAUCUCUAUAGAAAAUUACAAUCCAAUUAUCAUCAACACAAUUCUAAAAAAAAUCAUUUCUCAUUCGAAUGCUACGAAUCAUCACUUCGAAAGUUCUCUUUUUCACAUUAA